AUGGCAAAGCGGAGAACUAACUCAGAUCUCCGCGGCAUCGUGUUGUCACUUAGGACGGGACAAUGGGAGCGAAUGCGAUGUCUUGGCUCACGGACCCAGCGUAUCGAGAAACUACGGUUGGGGAAGGAGAUGCAGGUGGAGGAGGACCGACCUGCGAGAGGACGGAUGGCGAUAGCGGCGGCGUGGAGGAGCGAGGAGGCGGCGUGUGGCUCCGCAAGGUCCCCCCAGGCCUCGGUGCUUCUCAAGAAGAUCUGCGACGACGGCGGGCUCCAUCGCCGUGGCGUGGAUGCCACAGAGCUUUCCGAUAAGGUGUCCAAGCUGAAGAAAAAGUUCAUGAAGGCCGCUGCCAAGGUCGCUGCCGGCGGCAGGCGCCUUCGCAAAUACCGCAACCAGGUGCUCUUCGAGACAUCCAUGGAGGCGUGGCCGGAUCUGCUGCCUCGUGACGUCGCGGCUGCCGUUCAGGUUCAGGUGGCCAGAGCUGCCAGACGCCGCGGAAACGACGCCAGGGCCUGCCUCUGA